GUCCACGAAAUCAAAUUGGAUGGCCCCGGUUUCUGGACCUCGAAUAUAGAAAUUAAAAUCAAGCAAUGAUGGGAGGGGAGGUCUUGACUCUUGACUCUGGAGAAGGAAAGAGAACAACAGCGAGGAGGAUGCAAUCAGUCGCCUCAUCUCUGACGCUUGCUUUCUUGUUUACCUUGAGUCGUCUGAGCUUAGGAGUGGUCGUGCAUAGUGCUGAUCACUAUACCGUAAACGACUUCCCAGCUGACUUCAUCUUUGGAUCAGGCUCCUCUGCUUAUCAGGUGGAAGGAGCUGCUGAUGAAGAUGGAAGAACUCCUAGCAUCUGGGAUACAUUCGCUCACGCUGGGCAUGCGGAUGGGGCCACUGGAGAUGUAGCCUGUGACGAGUAUCACAAAUACAAGGAAGAUGUACAACUCAUGGUUGAAACGGGGCUUGAGGCCUAUAGAUUUUCCAUUUCCUGGUCGAGACUGAUACCAAAUGGCAGAGGACCCAUCAACCCGAAGGGGUUACAGUACUACAACAGUCUCAUCGAUGAACUUCUCAGCAAUGGAAUCCAACCCCAUGUAACACUACAUAACUUCGAUCUUCCGCAGGCGCUUGAGGAUGAAUAUGGAGGUUGGAUGAGUCGUGACAUCAUAAAGGACUUCAAAUACUAUGCUGAUGCGUGCUUUAGAGAGUUUGGUGACAGAGUAAAGUACUGGAAUACUGUAAACGAACCCAAUGUCUUCGCUUUAGGAGGUUAUGAUCAAGGAGCCCUGCCCCCUCAACGAUGUUCUCCGCCAUUUGGUUUUGUGAACUGUACUAGGGGCAACUCAACAACUGAGCCCUACUUGGUAGUUCAUCAUAUCUUGCUAGCACAUUCUUCGGCCGUCAGAUUGUAUACGAAAAAAUAUAGGAACAAGCAGCAAGGAUUUGUGGGUAUCAGUGUUUAUACAUUUGCAUUUCUUCCUCAAACUAAUACAGAAAAGGACAUGUUAGCAGUUCAUAGAGUCAAUGAUUUUAUUGUUGGCUGGGUUCUAGAGCCCUUGGUGUCCGGAGAUUAUCCUGCUUCCAUGAAAACCAGCGCAGGAGCAAGAAUUCCAGCCUUCACAGAUCGUGAAUCCAAGCAAGUCAAGGGUUCAUAUGAUUUUAUUGGCCUCAUCUACUACACCAUUGCUAAUGUAUCAGACAAUCACGAUUCGUUGAAGCAGAAGUUUAGAGACAUCGGUGCAGAUAUGGCUGCAAAACUAAUCAUGGGAGCGGAUCUGUUUACAGCAGAUGAGUAUCCUAUCACCCCGUGGGGUCUACAGCAAGUGCUGGAAACAUUCAAGCUCCUCUACGAGAAUCCUCCUAUAUACAUUUAUGAAAACGGUCAAAGGACAGCUCGCAAUACAUCACUCCAAGACCUUUCGAGGGUGAAAUACUUGCAUGCACACAUUGGAGGCGUGCUUGAUGCCUGGAGGGACGGAUCAAAUAUAAGAGGGUACUUUGCAUGGUCUUUCCUAGACCUGUUGGAGUUGCUGGAUGGAUACAAAUCCACCUUCGGCCUAUACUAUGUUGAUCUUGAUGACCCAGACUUGAAAAGAUACCCAAAGCUCUCUGCCAAGUGGUACUCUCAGUUUUUGAUGGGUCGAAGUAAAAAGGCCUCAUCCUCAUCAUUGUUGCACCCCGUCGAUCUUCGUCCUGACGUGGAUCCAUCUGUUCUUUCUGUCGCGCAUUUAUUUCAGUAGGCUUGGUUGUUCUCGUUAGUAGUGUUACUGACACACACACAACUUUCUAAAGAAAAUGUACAACUUUCUAGCUUAAACUGUAUUUUAAGGAAAAUUAACUAAUAAGUGAAGAAAUCAUAUUCACGAACCCAAA